AUGGCUCCCAUCUUCUGGUUCCUAGCUUUAUUGAUACAGGUAAGUAUUAUAAUAAACAAUACAAAGAAUGGCUCAUUUAUAUACGCCGAAGUUAAAGAUAUAGAUGACCAUGAAAAUGAUACUACAAGUCGGGAAAUCCUCUCAAAGUCUCCUGAAGAUAGUCCACUGAAAGAUCUAAAAGAUAUAAACAAGGAUUGGUUGGACAUGUUUCUGAUGCCUGGGAACAAUUUCUCCCCUGCGGCUUCGAUGAUGGCACAAGUAACACAAUCAGAGAAGUCUAUUGAAGAACAGAUUGAAGAUAUUAAGGAUCUUGCUAAUCAAAUAACGCUAGCUAUUCAGAGUGAAAUGGCAAACCUGUUAUCUUACGCAUUGAAAGACUGCGAAAAGAACGAGAAGGAUGACAACAACCUCAGGAAAAAGCGAUCAAUUGAAACUCCCAUGGAUAGCACACAGAUGGUGAUGAGAUUGUUAAAACAUAUCAAAUCAAAUAAUGAAUACCAAAAUAUCGCUAUUGAAAAGAUGAUGACUGCCCAAGAAAUCGCUGACAAAUACGGAAUUGAAUUCAACCCGGAUCCUGAAAUACUUACUGACUUGGCCAUAGCUGCUAAUGAACAAGCUAAAGAGAUGACUUCUAUCCUCAACGAUGCUUUACAGCUAAGCAACAAGACAAACCAGAUUGAGUUUGUUCCAGUUGAAGAAACCCCAGUAGUUAACGCUAACACCACAGAAAAUAACAAUGAAACUUACUACCUUUACUCUCUUCACAUACCAGCUGAAGAAUAUGUAGCCCACCAAAACACAAUGCCUCAUCACGAUCAUUAUCCAGACAUGAUUCACGAUCAAGUCCAUUUCCAGUUCUACCCUGAAACCCAAAUAGUUGCUCCCCCAGUACAUCAGCACUACAACCAAAUACCACUUUCAACUCCAAUGCCAAACUUCUUCGAACCAAUGUCGUUCUUUCCAUCCCAAGAGUUCUAUCCUCAGUAUUCUCCUAUGGAGCCUGUUACUACAACUACGACUAUAAUUCUACCAUUUGAAGAUCAUUUUGAACCAGAGCCCGAGCUAGUUGGUGAAGAAUAUGAAGAGACGGUGACAUCUAAGGUGUUUAUUGAUCACGAGGAGCCUGGAGCGACUACAGUGAACCAUGUGAUGACUUAUACAGUUUCUGAGAAAUCGCACUUCAAGCAAAAUCCAGUGGAAAGUCUACCGCAACAGAUGCAGUACUAUUUCUUUUUAAUUUAA